AUGCACCGCGCCCUCCGCUCGCUGCCAAUCUCGCGCGCGGAGCUAUGCCGCCUCGAGGCCGCGGUUCCGCUCUUCCUCUGCCCGGCCCUACUUGAUCCACCGUUGCCGCCCGUCCGGCGCCUCAAAUCCAUCGGAGGCUCGCGCGCCCUGUCGACAUCGGCGAGAAGGCGAACCCUCUCCCGUUCGUCCGUUGCAGAGCCACUCCACCAUGUCUCCACACCGCCUGCCCCGACCCUGCCGCUGUCGUGUCCGGGCUGCGGCGCCCCCAGCCAGACAGUAGAUCCCGAUGCCGCUGGCUACUACUCUGCGUCACGGAAGGCGGUAAAAGCCUACCUGACGCCCACAAGCGAGAGGGAAGACAGUGUCUUCCAGCAGGCCGUGCAAAACCUGGAUCGCUCGUUAAAAGAGCAAUUGGCCGGUCCAGAAGAUCCUAUCCCCCAGGCAGCGGCACCGUCGCCGAUAUGUGAUCGCUGCCAUAACCUGCUCAACCACGCCUCUGGCGUCCCCAUCCACCACCCUUCCCUCGACUCCAUCGAGCAGACCAUCGCCGAGUCGCCGUACAAACAAAACCACAUCUACCAUGUCCUGGAUGCCGCCGAUUUCCCCAUGUCUCUGGUCCCCAACCUGACCACCGCCUUGAAGCUCUCCCCGAUGCGCACCCAGAACCGUCGCUCCAAGCACAAGGAAUACAGCCAUGGCAGGGUGGCUGAGGUAAGCUUCAUCAUCACCCGCUCAGACCUACUGGCCCCGACAAAGGAGCAAGUGGACAGUUUGAUGCCUUAUCUGGUCGAGGUUCUGCGUGACGCUUUGGGGAGAACAGGUCGAAACGUUCGCCUCGGCAAUGUGCGUUGCGUGAGCGCCAAGAGGGGUUGGUGGACCAAGGAGGUGAAAGAAAAAAUCUGGGAGCGUGGGGGUGCUGGCUGGAUGGUCGGCAAGGUCAACGUGGGCAAAAGCAAUCUCUUCGAGGUUGUCUUUCCGAAAGGCCGCAAUGAUUCUGUCAACUUUGACAAGAUCCGGAACGCUGCCACCACCUCGCAAGCCAUUACCCCAGACCAAGUCGCUAACACUCCGACUCCGGGAGAGCAGUUUGAUGACGAAUUAGACCCUAUCGAUGAAAACUCGCUUCUCCCCCCGGCCCAACCAGAAGUAGCUUAUCCUGUCAUGCCCGUUAUUUCAUCUCUCCCUGGAACUACCGCAUCGCCCAUCCGGGUGCCCUUUGGAAACGGAAAGGGAGAGCUCAUCGAUCUCCCUGGCCUUGCCCGUACAUCUUUGGAUACAUAUGUCCGACCUGAACAUAGGCUCGAUCUUGUUAUGAAGGGUCGUGUAGUACCCGAGCGCAUCAGUGUCAAACCCGGCCAAUCCUUGUUACUUGGCGGUGGACUGGUGCGCAUCACACCUACGACCAGUGACUUGGUGUAUCUGAUGCACCCCUUUGUACCACUUACUUCUCACGUCACAUCAACUCAAAAGGCUCUUGCCAUGGAAGCUGGUGACCGUAAAUCUGGCAUCGCGUCGGUUGUGGAAGAAGGUAUUGGGGAGAAGAUGAAGUCAGCUGGUCUAUUCUCCCUACGCUGGGAUGUCACCAGAGUGCAAGCUGGCCCAUUAACACGCAAGGAUGCCAUUUCGUUGGAUCCCGAACGGCUACCGUUCAUUGUCUGGGCUAUAGACAUCCUCAUAGAGGGUGUCGGAUGGGUGGAAGUCGUUGCCCAGACGAGAAGAGGUCAGCAACUUUAUCGCCAUGCUGGGGACAUUGGUGAAACCUAUUCUAUUGACGAGGUUGUCCCCGAGGGAACCGAGGUCCCAUACCCUGAAAUCGAGGUCGUUACUCCAGAGGGCAAAUUCAUUGGCACCAGACAGCCCAUGAAUGCGUGGAUGUUGAACAAACCAAAGAAAAAGGCUUCGGACCUGAGGAACAGACCCAGAAGGAGCAUGGUAUCUGUAAAGAACCAGCGCCAAAAAGGCACCACUAUGUAA